AAAUAGGGGUUUUAGAGCUCAUGAAAAGGCAAAAGCUGUCUACAACGGCCUUUAACGGAGACGGUCGGUGCUAAUAUAUUCGUUACAUAUAAAUCUACUCUCUUCUAUUGUAUUAUUCUCUCUCUCAGUUUCAACGGGCGAGGAUUUUUCGAAGCAAAAGCGCUUUUGUUUUUCUGUUUUCUUCGCAAGAGAAACGUUUCAUUUAUCUUCUCUUCUCCCUUUGGCUCUAAAACGGGGACAGUUUCUAUUUCUCUUUUUGUCUCUCUCUUUGGAUGAGCUCGACUUCGAUUCCCGCCACUUCAGAGAGAUGCUUAUAGAAGAAAGAAGAUGGAUGAGGUGAAGAUAGAAGAGUGCUGCCUUGAAAAUAAGCAAUUAACAGCGGCUUCCAGCUCGUCUCUAUCUGAAGGAAGUGGCAGUGCUAUUCUCAAGUCUCCUGGAGUAUCCAGUCCAGCCACAGCUUCACCAACUCAUAAUAGGAGAACCACUGGGCCAAUUCGGCGAGCAAAAGGUGGCUGGACUCCAGAGGAGGAUGAGACAUUAAGAAAUGCUGUUGCUGCUUUUAAGGGGAAAAGUUGGAAGAAAAUAGCUGAGUUUUUUCCAGAUAGAUCAGAAGUGCAAUGUCUGCAUCGAUGGCAAAAGGUUCUUAAUCCUGAUCUUGUUAAAGGACCAUGGACUCAAGAGGAGGACGACAAAAUAACAGAACUGGUCGCAAAAUAUGGACCUACAAAAUGGUCAGUCAUAGCAAAGUCUUUGCCUGGUCGCAUAGGGAAACAAUGCCGUGAAAGGUGGCACAAUCAUUUGAAUCCUGAUAUUAAAAAGGAUGCUUGGACGUUAGAAGAGGAGUUGGCUCUCAUGAAUGCCCAUCGGAUACAUGGGAACAAAUGGGCUGAAAUAGCUAAAGUUUUGCCUGGAAGGACCGAUAACUCCAUCAAAAAUCACUGGAAUAGUUCCUUGAAGAAAAAAUUAGAUUUCUAUUUAGCUACUGGAAAACUUCCUCCAGUUGUCAAGAGUGAGAUAAUUUUUUCGUCUCGAAAACCUUCUUCAGUUGCAAAGAAUGGUAUCCAAAAUGGAAAUGACAAUAUUCAUAGGCCAACUGUCACCAAAACAAGUAAAGAAUCAGAUUCAACCGCGCAGACUUCAUCAGGAACUACUGAUGUAUGCAAGCUAGAAGAUGUCAAGGAUCAGUUGGAGUCAUCAGCUCCAAGGCGAGAUAUGGCAGCUUCUUCAAGUGUUCUUCCAAAUGAAUCUGCUGAUUCUGAAGGGGUAGAAUGUAAGCCCCAAUCUUUUAUUGCAGAUCUUAGUUGCUGUAAUUCAGAGUCACUACGGACAUGUGAGAAUUGUGGAAUCAACUGUGAAAUUGUUGAAGACAAAGUUAUUGGGUCUCAAUAUGGUUGUUUGUAUUAUAAGCCACCACAGUUAGAAACUUAUACUCCACUAGAUUUGGAUCCCUUUGUUAUACAUCAUUUGCAGCGUGAGUACAGUUCUAGCCCAAUGUCUUCUAUUAGUUUCUUCACUCCACCUUGUGUGAAGAGUAAUUAUUUAAAUGCUCAAAGCCCUGAAUCGAUAUUGAGAAUUGCUGCUAAGAGCUACCCCAACACUCCAUCCAUAUUUCGAAAAAGAAAAAUAGGAAGUCAAGUACACUCAGUUCCCAGUAAAAUUGGGAAAGGAGGUCAGGAAUCUGUUGAAGACAGGUUACAGAGAACUGAGAGAACUCCAGAAAAGAUUGAGUCUCAAGAUGGAAGUUCUUGUUACAGCCCUCAUCCAGAUGAUAACACCAUUGGAUGUAACGGUAAAGCUUUCAAUGCAUCGCCACCGUACAGGUUGAAAUCCAAGCGAACUGCUGUUUUCAAAUCUGUAGAGAGGCAGCUUGAGUUUACUUUUGAAAAUGACGGAUGUGACGGUGCCAAAUCUGUGGGAUUAUCUGCGAAAGGGAGCUCCCUCGUCAGUGAAGAUUGUUCUCAUGCAACGAAGAUGGGAGUAACCUAGAGCAUAACCUGGAUCUAGAAUGGACAUACUCUUGAAAGGUUGGAUGAACAGGGACAAAAAUCAUAAAGCUGUUCGAUCUUGGUGGUAACUGGAUUUCAAAAUCAUAAGGCUGGUUGAACAGGGACAAAUUUGGAUACGCUCGUUAAUGCAUGUCUUCAACACUGGUCUAAGUCGAUCAUCUUCCAAUUUAGACAAUUGCACCCCUUUUUUUGUGUACAUGGGGGACUUCUGUUUUCCAUUACACCACCCUGAGCCAAAACCACUGGCAGAAGACUUGUGGUAUGUGUAGAAUAAGAGAUUAUAUGUCCCAAUUGCUCUUGGGUAAAUAUCCACUGUAACAGCUUUGUACAGACCCCACUUUUAGAGAAGAAAUGAUGCUCAAGAGAGAAGCCUUUUCUUUUAUCAAGUUUUUUCAGUUUAGAGAAGAAAUGUGCAGUACUUUGCAUGGAUGUGCACUUUUCCCAGAACUGCUUAUAGUGCACAAUUGAUUUUUGGGAAUCAAAAUGGGAAUACAAUUUUUUUUUUAGAACUUUA